GUCUGAUUCUGAGCGUCUGCUCGGCAACAUGUCUCAGGAUCUGAGCGGACUCAGUGACGAGGCGGCCGCCGCCGCCUGCUCCGAGCCAGACCCGGCCACUAAGGAUUUCAUCAUGCAGCAGACAAUGCUGAGGGUGAAGGAUCCGAAAAAAUCCUUGGAGUUUUACACCGGGAUUCUGGGAAUGACGCUGCUGCAGAAAUUUGAUUUUCCCUCCAUGAAAUUCACUCUUUACUUCCUGGGUUAUGAAAACAAAAAGGAGAUCCCAGCCGAGCUGAGCGAGAGGACAGCCUGGACAUUCUCCAGGCCUGCCACCAUCGAGCUGACUCAUAACUGGGGAACCGAAAGCGAUGAAAAUCAGGCCUAUCACAACGGGAACUCUGACCCCAGAGGAUUCGGUCACAUAGGCAUCGCUGUACCUGACGUUUACGCCACAUGCAAACGGUUUGAGGAGCUGGGAGUGAAGUUUGUGAAGAAGCCAGAUGAUGGUAAAAUGAAGGGCCUUGCUUUCGUUCAGGACCCAGAUGGUUACUGGAUCGAAAUCCUCAGCCCCAAUCGCAUGACCACCAUCACAUCUUAAACUGGAGACCAGAUCAGAACAGACUACUGCCAUGUUCAGGGUACAAACCCAAACUGUGGGGGUACAUGCCUCCAACUAGAGUUCAAAUGUAAACAGUCCACCCCUUGAAUGGAAUAAAUGUACCUUAAAAUGACUAUAGAGAAACAA